CCAGGGGGCAGCGCUGCUCAUCUGACAACACCAACACAAACAUUCAGCGGCAGCUGCUGCUGUUAAGGAGGCUUUCCACCUUCCUCGAUUAGACGGAAAACUCUGGAAGAACAGCCACAUGUACAGAGUUAGAUAUGUACCACAGAAAUGAGAAAAUGGCUAAAGAACCCAAGAGCCAGCCUGGUGUUGCACUUCAUAAGAAUGAAGACAGAGAAUAUAACAUUCCAUGUAAUGAGUAAGUGGCUGAUGUCCUCCUCUCCUGGUCAGCACACAGCAGAGGGCAGUAAGCUGAAGUGUGUGAAGGGGGAUCUGUUCUCCUGCCCUGCAACAGAAGCCCUCGCUCACUGUAUCAGUGAAGACUGCCGCAUGGGAGCAGGCAUCGCGGUCCUCUUCAAAAAGAAGUUUGGUGGAGUGGAUCAACUCCUAGCGCAGAAGAAGAAACCUGGGGAGUGUGCUGUACUUAAGCGAUCGGGCCGAUUUGUUUACUACCUGAUCACAAAGAAAAGGUACAGCCAUAAGCCCACCUAUGAAACACUCAGACAAAGCCUGGAGGCCAUGAAAACACACUGCUUAGAGAAUGGAGUGACCAGACUAUCCAUGCCUCGGAUUGGCUGUGGACUGGAUCGACUGAGAUGGGACAGAGUGAUUGUGAUGAUUGAAGAAGUCUUCCAGAACACAGAUGUGACCAUAACGGUAUAUUUACUGUAGCCAAUAUUUGUCUUCUGAUCAGCAACAAAGAGCAUUGAACAGAAUUUAAUAAUUCAAAGUCUUUCUGACUUUAAACAAAUAUCUUUGGUAUAAAUGAUCUAAGAGGUGUUCGGUUUCUAAAUAGGAACAAGGUACUGUUUGUUUUUGUUUGUUUUUUGCUAAUUCUGAAAGCUGUUUUGAGGUGUAAAGAUGAUGAGGCAUGUUGACCACUAGAUGGUGUCAAUGCUAAGGAUUCCUGUUGUCUGCCUUACAGCUGUUUGUUUAUUUUCAUUCCUUUAAGUGUUUGGUUUAAUCAGCAAUGUAAAUAGAGAAUAAAUGAAAAUCAAUGUCUGAUUUAUAAAAUAAAUAUUUAAUUUUCAUUACCAUA